UUCCACGGAGUAAUAAUAAGGAGACCGAUCUCCGUACAUACGUUCUGACUGCGGUAAUUGUACAUUUAUUGAGUUUAAACACAAUGCUCGCAAGGAAGGGACAUGCGCACUGUCAUUUGUUAUCUCCUUUUCUUCUGCGAGAAGUGUGCGAAGCAUGGGGAGAUGUGUAAUUUGUGGAAAAUUGCAAAUGCACGAAAAUGUGACUUUACACAGAUUUCCACGAGAUAAAACACUGUGCCAAGAAUGGGUGAAGAUAAUAGGCUGGGGAGGCUGGAUACCUGCCUCGUAUAAUGUGUUGUGCUCUGAUCACUUUAUAGAAGACAGCUUCUGUUCUUAUGAUUCGAGAGUGAGGAAACGUUUGAAAUCAGGAGCAUUGCAUACGAUUUGUACAAAAAUUACGCUUGAACCGCAUAGGGACAUUUCGGAAAUGAAUAGUACGACAGCAAACUCCGCCAAGUUACCUGGAGGCUUGUGUAAUUUGGAAGAGAGUGUUGGUGAAAAUUGUAAUGAGAUCUCGAGCAAUAAAGAAAAUAUACCGAUCGGUGCGUGUAAUAAUUACACUACACCGAAGAAGGAAAUUCGGAACAUUUCUGGAGUUGCAACACCACGCUCUAAGGUUCUGCACGAUCAUCGUUACGACAACUCCCCGCGUAGCGCCAAGAAGCGAUUGGACAUCAUUCAAUCAAAACUGGACUCGACGCAGAUGAAAUUCAAAAUAACGAGACAGCAACUGAGACUUCUCAAAAAAAGCUAAACUUUUUGCUGGAC